AUGCCUUCGAUGAUCACUGAUGUGAGGCGGAUCCACUAUAUCGGAGGAACGCCUCCAAUUAGUGGUGAAAAUAGAUCCGUCCGGCCAAAAAACAUAUGCCGCCUUCUCAACCGCCAGCCGCAACUCCCCCACCGCGCCCUCACCGAGAAGCACCCUGACGCCUCCUCCGCCGACGGAGAAGACGAUCCCCUCCACUUCUCUGUUCAUAAGCAAGGUGUUGCACUUGGAAGAUCUGUUGACUUGACAAAGUUUGAUGGUUAUGACCAAUUGAUCGAGGAGUUAGAUCAGCUAUUUGAAUUCAAAGGAGAAUUGAUGGCUCCAAAUAAAAAUUGGAUGAUUGUAUUUACUGAUAAUGAGGAUGAUAUGAUGCUUGUUGGAGAUGACCCUUGGCAGUAA